AUGGGCAACUUCGAAUGGGUCAUUAAGGGGUAUAUGAGGGUAAUGAUUUUGAACUACAUCGGGGUUAAUGAAAGACUGGUCAUGUGCAAUAGACUAACUCGCUCUCUGAACGAAAACCAGCCGCCUGAACAAGCAGGGUUCCGAAGUGGGUACUCAACCAUGGACAUUCACGCAGUCAAACAACUGAUGGAGAGAUACCGCGAAUACGACCGACCCUUGUGUCUCGCCUACGUCGAUUAUGAGAAGGCUUUCGACAGUGUCGAACACACAAGGAGAUUGCAAGAAGUAUUCAGUUGGGAUGGGCCGGGAUUGGAAAACUGGAAGACUUCUUUACAUUCUAAAAUCCGUCAAAGCCUGAAAACUAAAGUUUAUGACCAAUGCGUCCUGCUCAUAUUUACUUACGAUACCGAGACAUGGCCCCUCACAAAGGAAAACAUGCACAAAAUCAAAGUAGCACAAAGGGCAAUGGAACGCACCAUGCUUGGCGUUUCCCUCGUCGACCGUAUACCCAACGUGGAGAUACGAUAG